UUGGUUGUCUCGCAGAAGGCGGCCUUUCCGCGCCGUGGAACCUUUCAAGAGCCGGCGGUCAGAGAUGGCGUGCCCUCUCCUUUUGCCCGUUUGUGGGUUAGUCGAGGGCCUGCGGUGGAGGGCAGCUUUGCACCCUUUCCACGCCUGCCAUAAUGCCCGUCGCGGUUGGCUGGCGCGAAAGGCGCUGUCCUACUUUGGGUCGAGCUAGCCGCCACUUUCCUGACGCCCGUUCAGUGCCUGCGUCUGCAUCGUUCGGCGGCAGCAGCAGCGUCUCGACAAUGGACAAGGCCCAGGAAGCAGCCGGCAUGGGAGCUCUCGACUACGCAACCGGCGACCUCGCCAGUACCAUCAGCAGCAGGGACCUGCUGCCCCCACCGGCGUACAAGCGUCCCGGCUCGGAGAGGCUCAAGAUGAGCGUGGUGCUGGCCAGCGCCCUGGUGGCGGUCUCCGUCGUGGUCGGCGUCGUCGUCGUGCUCGUCGUCCACCUCCGGGGUCAGCAGCAGCUCCAGUGCGCCUGCGCCCAGGCGCUGCCCGCCGCCAUGGCCUUCACGGGACGCGGCGGGGCGCAGCCCGACCUGUCGUCCGGCCUGGCCUCCAAGAUGCCGCUCAAGCUGCAGCUGGAUCCCCUCGCCGGCCAACUGCUCAAGAAGAACCAGAGGGCCCAGGUGAGCUGCGUGGUGGAGAAGAAGAAGGCCAGCGAGGUCAUCGCCCACGAGCCCAAAACGCUCAUCACUCCGUUCGGCAACAUGACCACGGAGCCGAGGAUGGUGCACCUGACCGGAGAGCGGAUGGUCUUCUCCUGCCUCACGGGGACGAGGGACGACAGCCCACGCAACGCCAGUACGCAGCGAAACGGCCGGGUGAAGCGAGGCAUCGCCGAAGAGAAAGACUGCGCCUGCAACUGCUCUUGCUGAUCGGCAACCGCAAUCACGGCAGAGUACAGUUCCAGAGGCUGCACAUUUCGGACCUGCCAGCGGCACAGUGCAACGCCACUUUUUGUCACCGAAGAGCAUCAAAGAGCUGGAGGGCCGAAAAAGGAUAUUAAAAGCACCACAAAGCACAAGUUUGCAAAAGGCCAAUCAACCAACGGUUUCA